UUCAACCCCCCCUACAGCGUUUACUUCGCGUCCGCUUCGCUCGCAGUCAAACCGUCGCUCGCUGGUACUACUCUGUGCUUUUCGCUAAACCUAUUCAAAGUAAGUUUAGUUUAAUUAAACAGUUUUACUGUGCUGUGACGAGUUCUAGUUCCUUCGUAAUUUUUUGAAAAAAAAUUUGCAAUGCCCGUGGACCUUUACUACGUGCCCGGCUCGGCGCCGUGCAGGGCGGUGCUGCUGACGGCGCGCGCGCUCAACCUCAACCUCAACCUCAAGCUAGUGGACCUGCACCACGGGGAACACCUCAAACCGGAAUACCUCAAGAUCAACCCCCAACACACAGUCCCAACGCUAGUGGACGACGGCUACCCCAUCUACGAGUCGCGUGCUAUCAUCACCUACCUCGUCAACAAAUACGGCAAGGGCAGUGCUCUGUACCCCGAGGAGCCCAAGGCGCGCGCGCUGGUCGACCAGCGGCUGUACUUCGAUAUCGGCACGCUGUACCAGAGGUUCAGUGACUACUUUUACCCACAAAUCUUCGGUGGUGCUCCGGCCGACAAGGACAAGCUAGCCAAGGUGGAGGACGCGCUGCAGCUGCUGGACACCUUCCUCGAGGGCCAGAAGUACGUGGCCGGCCCCAACCUCACCGUCGCCGACCUCAGCAUCGUCGCUGGUGUCUCCAGCUUCGAAGCCUCCGAUAUUGACUUCAAGAAAUACGCCAAUGUCAAGAAGUGGUACGAAACCGUCAAGUCCACAGCGCCAGGAUACCAAGAAGCCAACGAAAAAGGCCUCGACGCCUUCAAGGGACUCGUCAACAGCAUCCUCAAGAAGUAACCAUUCCAGAGAUAAAUGUUUCACAUAGGCGUAGCGAAAGGAUAACCAUAAUAAUUAACAUUAGUCUAUGAAUUGACAUUAAUUCUCGAGGAAAUGCUUUUAGUUCCAUAUGAAUAUAGUCUGUUAAAAAAAAAACAGACCAACAAGAAAGCGAAUUAAUAAAAAUAUUUUAAAAUAUCUCGUCUUGCUUCAAUAAAAAAACAUCGCAAGGAAACCGGCAUGCCUGAGUUUUCCAUAAUGUCCUCAAAGGUGUGUGAAGUCUACCAAUCCGCACUUGACCAUUAUAGCGGACCGUGGCCUAAGCCUUUCUAGUUCUGAGAAGAGACCCGUGCUCAGUAGUGGGCCGACGAUGGGUUGAUCUUGAUACACCCAAUAACAUUAUCCUCCAUCUGGUGCAGUCGAAUAAAAGCUAGAAAGAACGUCGAAUUCUAUAUAGGGUUGUCCAACUUAAACCAUUUUCCGGGACGCCCAGCUUUUAGAAAGACCAAUCCACAAUCAGUACUUCCAGGACACUUUUAAAAGGUUAACAUUUUUUGCUAGAAGUAUGUAUAUUCUUCAGGGAUUUAACCUACGCCUAAUAUGUACUCAUACAAAAUUGUGUUCCAUUAAUUUAGGCACUGUUUAUUAGUAAGUGCUACACUGCUUCGCUAUUUUGACUUGUGAUCGUUAAUAUAAGUUCUAGGAAAUAAGGCACAAAUAAAUGAACUGAAAUUCCUAUUA